GGGGCGGCUGUAGGGUCUUAGGGCGGGCAUGGGGCUGGCGAACCUGGGCGUGCUGCGACGCCGAGCCUGCUUGGUAGUCACCAGCGCGGCUGUUGCAGAGUCCGCGGCAGCUACAGCAAGACGGCGGCUGGAAGGAGGAGGUUGGGCGCGUGGAGGGGUCCGCAGUUUCAGCAGCACCGCCGCAGCCAUGGCCCCGAUCAAGGUGGGAGAUGCUCUCCCCUCCGUGGAGGUGUUUGAAGGGGAGCCUGGGAACAAGGUGAACCUGGCCGAGCUGUUCAAGGGCAAGAAGGGUGUACUUUUCGGAGUCCCUGGGGCAUUUACCCCUGGCUGUUCUAAGACCCACCUGCCAGGGUUUGUGGAGCAGUCUGGGGCUCUAAAGGCCAAGGGGGUGCAGGUGGUGGCAUGUCUAACUGUGAACGAUGUGUUUGUGACUGGAGAGUGGGGACGAGCCCACAAUGCAGAAGGCAAGGUUCGGCUCCUGGCUGACCCGACUGGGGCCUUUGGGAAGGAGGCAGAUUUAUUACUAGAUGAUUCAUUGGUGCGCCUUUUUGGGAAUCGCCGGCUCAAGAGGUUCUCCAUGGUGAUAGACGAUGGCAGAGUGAAGGCCCUUAAUGUGGAACCCGAUGGCACAGGCCUGACCUGCAGCUUGGCCCCCAACAUCCUCUCGCAGCUUUGAGGCCCUAGCCUGGACACACUCCCUCUGCCCUCUCCUGGCUCACCUGCCCAGCUCUACCCCAGCUGGGGCCACCCUGCUGGAACCUUGGCCAGAUUUCCGCCAUUAAACCCUCCUGGCUCAA